ACCACAUGGGGUUAGCUUAGUUAUCCCCUUUCUUCAUCUAAAUACUCUCUCACGCAACUACUUACGCCACACUCUCUUCUCUUCUUCCUCUCAAUGGCUCCCCCAAAAUCAAAACUCAAAACCCUAAUUUCUCUCUCUAAACUCUUCUUUACUUUCUCUUUCCUCCUUCACACCGCCAUUGCCGACGAUGGCGCGUUCAUGUCAAAACUCGCGAAAUCUCUCACUCCACCUCCGUCAGGGUGGUCGGGAAACUCGUUUUGCAGCUGGAACGGUGUGAAAUGCGACGGUUCAGACCGUGUUACGUCGUUAAACUUGGCUUCGAAAUCACUCACCGGAACAUUACCUUCCGAUCUGAACUCACUCUCUCAGCUCACUACACUUUCUCUUCAAUCCAACUCACUCACCGGCGCGUUGCCUUCUCUCGCGAACCUCACCAUGCUUCAAACGGUUUUCCUUGGAGGAAAUAACUUCACUUCAAUCCCAGAUGGUUGUUUCGUUGGACUCACCAGUUUGCAGAAGCUCUCCCUGACGGAAAACAUCAAUCUCAAACCGUGGAAGCUUCCCAUGGAUUUCACUCAGUCUUCGAAUCUCGUUGAGCUUGACCUAGGCCAAACAAAUCUCAUUGGUUCAUUGCCGGAUAUUUUCGUUCCGUUGGUUAGUUUGCAGAAUCUGAGGUUAUCUUACAAUAAUCUCACUGGAGAUCUACCUAACUCGUUUUCAGGAUCUGGGAUUGUGAAUUUGUGGCUCAAUAAUCAGAAUGACGGGUCUGGUUUUACCGGUUCAAUUGAUUUGCUUGCGUCUAUGUCGCAUUUGGCUCAAGUUUGGUUUCAGAAGAAUAAGUUUACUGGUUCAAUUCCUGAUUUGUCUAAUUGUACUAACUUGUUUGAUCUUCAGCUUCGUGAUAAUCAGUUAACAGGUGUUGUUCCAUCCUCUUUGAUGAGUUUAUCGAGUUUGGCGAAUGUUUCUUUGGAUAAUAAUAAGUUGCAGGGUCCUUUGCCUUCUUUUGGGAAAAGUGUAAAGGUUACUCUUGAUGAAGGGAUCAAUAGUUUUUGUAAGACUACUCCUGGACCUUGUGAUCCGAGGGUUAGUACUUUGCUUGAUAUUGCUGCUGGUUUUGGGUAUCCACUUCCAUUGGCGAAUUCUUGGAAAGGGAAUGAUCCUUGUGAUGAUUGGACCUUUGUUGUGUGUUCCGGAGGGAAGAUUAUUACGGUUAAUUUAGCGAAGCAGAAUUUGAAUGGAACUAUUUCGUCUGCAUUUGGGAAUUUGACUGAUUUGAGGAAUUUGUAUCUGAAUGGUAAUAAUUUGACAGGUUCAAUACCGGGGAGCUUGACGGGUUUGACUCAGCUUGAGGUUUUGGACGUGUCUAAUAACAAUCUAUCUGGAGAGAUUCCUAAAUUUUCGGGUAAAGUGAGGUUCAAUUCGGCUGGUAAUGGUUUGCUUGGAAAGUCUGAAGGUGAUGGAGGAAGUGGAACUGCUCCACCAACGGAUCCUAGUGGUGGGCCGAGUGGAAGUCCUCCGGAAAAGGGUGGUUCUUCGUUGUCACCUGGUUGGAUUGCAGGUAUAGCUGUUAUUGCUGUGUUUUUUGUUGCAGUGGUGUUGUUUGUGUUUUGUAAGUGUUACGCUAAAAACAGGAGGCAUACGAAAUUUGGAAGGGUUAAUAAUCCUGAAAAUGGUAAAAAUGAUGUUAAAAUUGAUGUCAUGAGUAAUGUUUCCAAUUCUAAUGGAUAUGGUGGAGUUCCGAGUGAGUUACAGAGUCAGGGAAGUGAGCGUAGUGACAACCUUCAGGUUUUUGAGGGUGGAAAUGUUACUAUUUCAAUCCAAGUUCUUAGACAAGUAACCGGUAAUUUCAAUGAAGAUAACAUUUUGGGUAGGGGAGGAUUUGGAGUUGUUUAUAAAGGGGAACUGCAUGAUGGAACUAAGAUUGCUGUCAAGAGGAUGGAAUCUGUUGCAGUUGGAACUAAGGGAUUGAACGAGUUCCAAGCAGAGAUUGCAGUUCUGACUAAAGUUAGGCAUAGGCAUUUGGUUGCUCUUUUAGGAUACUGCAUAAAUGGCAAUGAAAGGCUUUUGGUGUAUGAGUAUAUGCCUCAAGGAACAUUAACGCAACAUCUGUUUGAUUGGGGUGAAAAUGGAUGCGCUCCUUUGACUUGGUUACAGAGGGUAGCAAUAGCUUUGGAUGUAGCACGAGGAGUAGAAUACUUGCACAGCUUAGCUCAGCAAAGCUUCAUUCACAGGGACUUAAAACCCUCCAACAUACUGUUGGGUGAUGACAUGAGAGCAAAGGUUGCAGAUUUUGGGUUGGUUAAAAAUGCACCGGAUGGCAAAUAUUCCGUCGAGACAAGGUUGGCUGGAACAUUUGGAUAUUUGGCACCUGAGUAUGCAGCCACUGGAAGAGUGACAACCAAAGUAGAUGUUUACGCAUUUGGAGUAGUUCUGAUGGAACUGAUUACUGGUAGAAGGGCAUUAGAUGAUACUAUGCCUGACGAAAGAUCUCAUUUGGUUUCAUGGUUCCGUAGGGUACUAGUCAACAAGGAGAAUAUCCCUAAAGCAAUUGAUCAAACGCUCAACCCCGAUGAAGAAACCAUGGAGAGCAUAUAUAAAAUUGCUGAGCUGGCAGGCCACUGCACUGCUCGCGAACCAUACCAGAGACCAGAUAUGGGUCAUGCAGUGAAUGUCCUGGUUCCUUUAGUAGAGCAAUGGAAGCCUAGCAACCACGAAGAAGAAGACGGUUAUGGUAUUGACCUUCACAUGAGCCUUCCUCAAGCUCUACAAAGAUGGCAAGCCAAUGAAGGCACUUCCACAAUGUUUAAUGACAUGUCUUUCUCACAAACCCAAUCAAGUAUUCCAUCAAAACCUUCAGGAUUUGCAGACUCAUUCGAUUCAAUGGAUUGCCGGUAACAAAAAUGACAACUUCUAAUUGCUUCUCAUUAAGCUGUUUUGAUCAAGCAGCAUUGCGAAAUUGUAUCACAAAUUUCAUUUGUUUAUUUUUUGAAAAUGUCAAUUUUUUGGUGUUGUUGCAAUCUCUCCUGAUGUAUAAGUCUGAAUUGGUUUGUUAGUGUUUGGGAUUGUUAGAUAGAAAAUAUUAUUAUAGAAACGUUAAUUGUAUGAUAUAUUUAACAUAUUUUAAUUAUGAGAAGAAUAUUUGCUGUA